AGGGAGGGAGGAAGAAAAGAAGAGAGAGGGAUAAGAAAAGAGAGGAGAGAGGAAGCAGACACAGAGCAGAGAGAAAGAGGUGAGAGAAGGACUGAAAUUUAAAAAAAAAAAAAAGAGUGAAGAGUGCAGGUAAGACAGGACACAAUCUGAAGAGGAGAGGAUGCUACUACAGCUGAGCGUCUCUGCCUGACUUCUGAGGAGUUUGGGCUCGGACAUGACGGAGAUGCAGCAUCCAAGUGUCUGAGCCUGAAUAUCUUCCAGUUUGUGUGUGUGUUGAUGUGUGUGAAGCCAUGGCGAGUGCUCAGCCAGGGGUCCAUGCAUUGAAACUCCAGCCUCCCUCCGUCUCUCAAACACUGAGGAACGGAAGCAACUUCAUUAAAUGGGAUGAGGAUCUGUCUACGGUGACUCCAGUGAUUCUACACGUGGACCCACAUGGAUUUUACCUCUACUGGACCGACCAAAAUAAGGAGACAGAGUUGUUGGACCUGACCCUCGUAAAAGAUGUCAGAACAGGGAGAAGCACCAAAACUCCCAAGGAGGCCAAGCUGCGCGAGCUGAUGGAAGUGGGAAACCUGGUUGGCCGGCUUGAGAAUCGCAUGGUUACCGUGGUUACGGCUUCAGACCUUGUGAACGUCAACCAGCUCAACUUCAUCGCCUCACAGGAGGAGGAAGCUAAGGUGUGGUGUGUGGAACUGUUUUCUCUGUCUUCCAACCUGUUGAGCCACAAUCUCAACAGAGACCAGAGUCUGUUGAAAGCGUAUGUCAGGUUAACUCUCCAGCCGAACGCAGAGGGGAGAAUUCCUGUCAAGAACUUUGUUCGACUGUUUUCAUCAGACAGAAAGAGAGUAGAGACUGCUCUGGAGAACUGCAGACUGCCCUACGGACGGGGUGACAGUAUCAAACUGGAGGACUUCACACUUGAAGUAUACAGGAGCUUUUUGGACUUUCUGUGUCCCCGUCCUGAGCUCAGCAACAUCUUUAAACUGCAAGGAUGGGAUGACAACAUGCUGUCACUCGAUCAGAUGACCGAGUUCAUUAACAACAAGCAGAGAGACCCAAGGCUGAAUGAAAUCCUCUACCCGCCUCUCCGUCCUGCACAGACACACUCUCUGAUGGAGCGGUACCAAAAUGACCAGACACAGCUGAAGCAAGGCGUUAUCUCUCUCCAGGCGUUCUCCAGUUAUAUCUCCAGUGACGAGAACGGAAUUAUCCCACCAGAAAAACUGGAUCAGUCUGAAGACAUGAGCUUCCCCCUGUCUCACUACAUCAUCAACUCAUCCCAUAAUACAUACCUGACAGCGGGCCAGCUGGCGGGGAGCUCCUCGGUGGAGAUGUACAGGCAGGUUCUUCUGGCUGGAUGCCGCUGUGUGGAGUUAGAUGUGUGGAAAGGGCGAACUGCUGAGGAGGAACCUGUCAUCACACACGGGUUCACCAUGACAUCGGAAAUCCCUUUUAAGGAAGUGAUUGAAGCUAUUGCAGAGUGCGCCUUCAAGACCUCACCUUUCCCCGUCAUACUCUCCUUUGAAAACCACGUUGACUCUUUGAAGCAGCAGGCGAAAAUGGCUGAAUAUUGUCAAUCUAUUUUUGGAGAAGCGCUGUUGAUUGACCCUCUGGAAAAAUACCCUCUGGAGGCGGGUGUCCCCCUGCCCAGUCCUCAGGAGCUGAUGGGAAAAAUUCUCAUCAAGAACAAGAAAUCCCACAAACCCUCCAAUAACACAGACACCAAAAGACUGGCGGACCAACCUGCCAAUCAGAGCAAUGAACCAGUGUCUCUUAGCAACAACACAGGAGAGAUGGAGGCUGAGAGUGAGGAAGAUGAUGAUGAUGAAGAUGAUGAUGGUAAAAAGGGCUCAGCAGAGCGAGAGGCAGUGGCUACAGAGGAAAUGUCAACUCUGGUAAACUAUGUCCAGCCAACCAAGUUCAACUCCUUCGAAGCCUCCAAGAAGGCAGCCCGCUGUUACCACAUGUCGUCUUUUGUGGAGACCAAAGCUUUGGAGCAUCUCACAAAGUCACCAGUGGAGUUUGUAGAAUAUAAUAAAUCCCAGUUGAGUCGUAUCUAUCCGAAAGGAACCAGAGUUGACUCAUCCAACUUCAUGCCUCAACUCUUUUGGAACGCUGGCUGUCAACUGGUGGCUCUCAACUACCAAACUAUAGAUUUGUCCAUGCAGCUGAAUCUCUUCAUGUUCGAGUACAACGGUCGGAGUGGCUACAGACUGAAGCCUGAGUUCAUGAGACGGCCGGACAAACACUUUGACCCCUUCACAGAAAACACAGUGGAUGGCAUCGUAGCCAACACCCUCUCUGUGAAGGUGAUUUCAGGCCAGUUCCUGACUGAGCGGCGGGUGGGUGUGUAUGUGGAGGUGGACAUGUUUGGACUUCCUGCAGACACCAGGAGGAAAGCGCUGAAGACCAAAACCUCCCAGAACAACAACGCCAUCAACCCAGUGUGGGACGAAGAGCCGAUUGUCUUCAAAAAGGUGAUUCUUCCAACUCUGGCCUCUCUGAGAAUCGCUGCUUUUGAGGAAGGAGGGAAGUUUAUUGGUCAUCGGAUUAUUCCAGUAUCUGCCAUAAGACCAGGUUAUCGUUACAUCAGCUUGAGGAAUGAGAAAAACCAGUCUCUGAUUCUACCAGCUGUGUUCGUCUACAUUGAGGUCAAAGAUUACGUCCCAGACACCUUUGCAGAUGUGAUAGAGGCUUUGUCCAACCCUAUUCGAUACGUCAACCUCCUGGAGCAGCGGUCCAAACAGCUGGCGGCUCUGACUCUGGAGGACGUGGAGGAGGACACACAGACUGAGGAUGAGACGGACAGCUGUGCAGAACGUAAGAACGAUGUUAAAUCAGCUCCUCUGGAGAAUGGGCUCAGUCCCGCCCCUGGUCCUGCAGGCCACGCCCCCAUGACGCCCAAAGCCUCCGCAGCCAAUCAGCAAGCAGCUGCCACAGAAGCAGCCAAACCAGCAGCAAAGAGUGAAGAUCUGGUUUUAAGUGUUUUGAUAGAUGUUCAAGUGUGCACCAUAGAGAGUCUUCAGCAGUCAAAGGUUUACCAGAAGGAGCAGAGGCGUCAGUUUAAAGAGCUGAAGGAGUUAGUGAGGAGGCACCAGAAGAAAACCUCCGAGCUCCUCCGAGAGUUCAACAACAAGCACAAGAAAGUGGCCAGACAGUGCAGCAAGAGCAGGGCUUCGUGUUCGGACGGUGAGAAAGAUGAGCGCCUCCAGCAGCUGAGAGAUGAGCAAGAGCAGCAGCUUCUGGCUCUGAGGCAGGAACAGUACUACAGUCAGAAAUAUCUACAGAGAGAACAUAUUAAAACGCUGACAGAGCGACUGAGCAGUCUGGCUGAGGAGAGUCACAACAGCCAGAUGAAGAAACUCAAAGACAUCUGUGACAAGGAGAAAAAAGAGUUGAAGAGACAGAUGGAUCGAAGAAGAACAGAGAAGAUCAACCAAGCAAAGACCAAAGAGAAACAUCUGGCUGAAGAGGAGAAGAAUGAGAUCAAUAAGUCCUACGUCAAUGAAGUCGUCCAGAAUAUAAAACGGCUUGAGGAGACUCAGACAAAGCGCCACGAUCAGCUGGUGGAACAGCACACUGAGCUCCUGCAGGAGAUACAAGACCAGAAACCAAAGCUGCAAGGGGCCGUGGAGGCGGAGUUUCAGGAUAAGUUCCAGUGUUUGCCCGGAGAGAUUCAAGACUUCCUGCAGGACAGGAAGACGGAGGUUAGAGGACACAGCAAGUCCCGACCUUCGACCCCACACGAAACGCUGUCAGAGGAGGACUGAGGAAGAAGAACAUGUGACCAGGAGUGAUGAAGAUGAAGAGUCGAUGAAUCAGUGGAAGUAGAGGAAGUAAGAGGGAAACGUUGAGGAAAGGGAAGUGAGAGGAGAUUUUAAGAUUAUGAAGACUGUUUCUUUUCUUUUUAAUGGAAGAAUGCUUUAUUGGUUUAUUUUUUAAUUCCAUUCAAGCAUGCACUUUGUUGUCUAUCUAUCUAUCUAUCUAUCUAUCUAUCUAUCUAUCUAUCUAUCUAU